UUCCAGGUGACUGAUGCAUAUUAGAGGUACAAAACCACCUCAAUGACAAUGAAAAGUCCAGUUUAGUAGGCUACUAUAUUUAGAGUGUGUUUCUAACCGCAGGACACGUUGAGACCUGCUGACGUCACUGUGUUCUUGGUGACGAAAUACAUCUCCUUUUUAGCUUACCAGUUUACUUGGUCUUAACGAGUUCUAUGUACAUGUAUUUAUAGUUUGGAAAAUCUAUUUGAUCCUAUGGUUUACUGAUUUGUCUGUGCUGCUGCUCCUCCUCCCUUCGCCGUGUGUGUAAAUGAGGAGACUCGAUCUGUGAAUCUCUGCUCCGCUUCCUCCCUCAUCUCAUCUCAUCUCAUCUCAUUUCAUACCUCCUGACUGUCACUCGUUGUGGCUGGAGGUGUGAGCGCCGCCCAGAAGCGUCAUGCACACGCUCUCAUCGCGGACGGACGGAGUCCACCUGCACAAAGCGAUGCUGCUCGAGCCGAAUCCAACCCGAGCUUUCUCUUCCGCGAUCGCGCGCCGUGUCCGCGACAAGUUCACGCGCAGGGUGCAGCUCUCUACCACCGGGUUUAAUGAAAGUGGAAACGCAAGGCUAGCAUGAUUCUUUUUAACCAAAGGAGCGUGAUCUGACAGAGGCUUUAACUUUUUUUCAUUCUUUUUUUUUUUUUUAAAGAGCAAAAGCGCAUUUGGACCUGAUUAUUUUUCUAAUCAUGCCUGUACGAAGAGGUCAUGUGGCACCGCAAAACACAUUUCUGGGACUAAUAAUACGAAAAUUCGAGGGACAAAAUAAAAAUUUUAUCAUAGCAAAUGCUCGCGUCCAGAGCUGCGCAAUCAUCUACUGUAACGACGGCUUCUGUGAGAUGACUGGUUUCUCCCGGCCAGACGUUAUUCAGAGGCCCUGCAUGUGUGACUUCCUGCAUGGAGAGAGAACCAAGCGGCACUCCAUUGCCCAGGUAGCCCAGGCUCUGCUGGGUUCUGAAGAACGCAAGGUGGAGAUCACUUACCACCGCAAAGAUGGUUCGGAUUUUCUUUGCAAUACACACAUCAUUCCAGUGAAGAACGAGGAGGGUGUUGUGAUGAUGUUCAUCCUGAAUUUUGACUAUGUCCUAGAAGAGGACAGCAGUGAUUCAUUGGAAAGGCUCAACCUCACCCCUCCUCCUAAAUCUGAUUACAGGAAAGGAAGAUUCUUCAGGUUCCGCCUGCCUUCCUUGAACCUGUUAGGGUCCAGCAAACUGUCUCUGCCCCAAGAAGACCCUGACACAGUAAUGGUGGACUCUCCAAGAGCCAACAAUGACUCUGUUCCCUUGAGGAACUUCCAGUCUCCAACUAAGGACACCAACAGUCCUGCUGAUGCCAAUGACACACAGGCGCUUAUCAGCUCCAGUCCCCAUUCAUCCCCAAUCAGUGUAUCUGGACCCCUCGACCACUCAUCCCCUAAACAACUGUGGGACCGUCCAAGUCUGUCUCAGGCCCAGUCCACUACCUGCCUUGCACAGUCCAUCUCCAGAGACAGUGUGUGUAGCAGAAGACGAGCCUCAUCCGUGCAUGAUAUUGAAGGCCUCAGCUCCAACUCCAAACGUCUGUUGAGGGAUCGGCAUGCUAGUGAAGACCAUGGCCGCAGUGUGAAAGGUCCUUUUAACCAUCUCAAAUCCAGCCUGCUGGGCUCUACCUCAGACUCCAACUUGAACAAAUACACUACAAUUAACAAGAUCCCCCUCAUCGCACUUAACUUCUCUGAAACUAACAACGACAAAAGGGUCCCCUCACCUCCUGCCUCGGAGAAAACCAUCAUCGCUGCAAAAGUUAAAGACCGCACACACAAUGUCACUGAGAAAGUCACACAGGUGUUGUCACUAGGUGCAGAUGUAUUACCAGAGUACAAGCUCCAGGCUCCGCGCAUAGACAAAUUCACCAUCCUACACUACAGUCCGUUUAAGGCCAUGUGGGACUGGCUUAUUCUACUCCUUGUCAUUUACACUGCCAUCUUCACCCCAUACUCCGCCGCCUUCCUUUUGAACGAUCGUGAGGAACAGAAGAGGAGAUUGUGUGGCUACUCCUGCAGUCCCCUUAACGUUGUCGACUUAAUGGUGGACAUUAUGUUCAUCAUUGACAUCCUUAUAAACUUCCGCACAACUUAUGUAAAUUCCAACGAGGAAGUAGUGAGUCACCCAGGGAAGAUCGCAGUGCACUAUUUUAAGGGCUGGUUUCUCAUAGACAUGGUGGCAGCCAUUCCCUUUGACCUGCUCAUCUUUGGAUCAGGGUCGGAUGAAACAACUACUCUGAUUGGUCUGUUGAAGACGGCCCGGCUGCUGAGAUUAGUCCGGGUGGCCAGGAAGCUGGACCGCUACUCUGAAUAUGGAGCAGCAGUCCUUAUGCUCCUCAUGUGCAUUUUUGCACUUAUUGCCCAUUGGCUGGCCUGCAUCUGGUAUGCCAUCGGCAAUGUAGAGAAGCCUUAUCUGGAGCACAAGAUUGGCUGGCUGGAUAAUCUCGGAGUGUCUAUUGGAAAACGUUACAACUACAGUGACCCCAACUCUGGACCCUCUAUUAAGGACAAAUAUGUCACUGCACUGUAUUUCACAUUCAGCAGUCUGACCAGCGUGGGCUUCGGCAAUGUCUCACCAAAUACCAACCCAGAAAAGAUCUUUUCUAUCUGUGUCAUGCUUAUUGGAUCCCUAAUGUAUGCCAGCAUCUUUGGGAAUGUAUCUGCUAUCAUUCAGCGGCUCUACUCAGGAACAGCACGGUAUCACACACAGAUGCUGCGUGUGAAAGAGUUUAUCCGCUUCCACCAGAUCCCCAACCCACUCAGGCAGAGGCUGGAGGAGUAUUUUCAGCAUUCCUGGAACUACACCAAUGGCAUCGACAUGAACAUGGUGUUGAAGGGCUUUCCAGAGUGCUUACAGGCAGAUAUUUGUCUCCAUCUGAACCGGAGUCUGCUGCAAGACUGUAAGGCCUUCCGCGGGGCAACAAAAGGCUGCUUGCGUGCUCUGGCCAUGCGCUUUAAGACAACCCAUGCUCCACCAGGAGACACACUGGUUCACUGUGGAGAUGUCCUUACAGCACUUUACUUCCUGUCUAGAGGUUCCAUCGAGAUCCUGAAAGAUGACAUUGUCGUGGCCAUUCUAGGCAAGAAUGACAUCUUUGGAGAGAUGAUCCACUCAUAUGCAAAACCAGGAAAGUCAACAGCAGAUGUGCGAGCUCUGAGCUACUGUGAUCUGCACACCAUCAACCGGGAAGAACUGCUUGAGGUGCUGGAUAUGUACCCUGAGUUCUCCGACCACUUUCUUACCAACCUGGAGCUCACCUUUAACCUGAGAGAUGAGAACCAAACCAGUUAUUCACAAGAUAGUGACUCAGAAGGAGAAGACAAUAAGGACAAGAGAAAGAUUUCCUUCAGUUGUAAGCAAACCAAAGGGGGUAGCAUCAAGGACAUGGAAAAUGAGAACAAGAAUGAGCGGCGCGAGUCACGACUCAGCUCAAAAAGAGGCUCUGAUGACUGCAGGGCUUCCAGGGAGGAGCAGCAAAGAAAUCAGGCUGCUGGAAUAAUGGAAUAUCCUUGUGUAGAGAGUUACACCCCAACUUCUGAUUGCAGCCCGUUUAGUGGCAAGCUGGAGAGAGAGGCAUAUUACUAUGAAAGGCCAAAUGCUGACUGGGAAAGCGUGAGGCCGCGGGAGGCUUUGGAAGACUCACUAGCUCAGACUCACAAGCUGAGAAGGAAGAAAGAGGAGGAGCUAGACUGCGAUCUCACAUAUGGAGAAGUGCAACAGAGACUGGACCACCUGCAGGAUCACCUGAACAGGCUGGAGUCUCAGAUGACUUCAGACAUCAAGGCUAUCCUGUGUUUACUGCAAAGAAGCUUAUCUACAGGCCCUCCUGCAUACAGCGCAGUCACUGCCGGUCUGGAGAAACAGGCCAUCGGAGCACAGUCUGCAGUCAACACCAGCCUAACCUUCACACCUGCCCCACAGGACCAGGAGACAAUUCAGCCCCACAGCCCUACAUCAAACGAGAAUGUCCUCUCCAAGCAUCAACAUUCCAAAUCAUUUCUUUCAAUCCACCUCUCCUCACCGUCUCAGACACCCAUCAGCAGUACAGCAGCCCUGGGACUCCACAGGCCUCUGUCUGACCCUGGACUGCCAAGAUGUAGCACAGAGUCCCUUCCAUGACUAUAAGACUUCACUUCCAUAUACCGUAGGGGGAUGCAUUGCCACCUUUAAGAACAUUAGGUUUGUAUGUGCAAGGACAAUAAUAAUCCUGAAAGUUAUAUCCAUGGAGCUGAAACUUUAAUUCAUUUUGUUGAAGUUGAACAUUCUGUUUGGUUUGAGUGAGAAUCCCUCUAACCUCUUUUGUAGGUUUUGCUCCAUGCUAGCCUGCUGGAUGUGAAUACAUAACCUCACUCAAGGACUCAGGGUCUGGUUCAUGACUACAUUACACAAUGAAUAGUGAUGGUGGACUCUCAUCUUUAUGAUGGUUCAUUCCCCCCGUUAUAAAGUCUUUUGCUGUAUUUUAUCAUGAUUGCAGAACACUACAAAUUCAUUAAACACUGGGAUAGUUUGCAAAUCUGGGACUGUCAGUAGUACUAUGGUAUAAGUACUAUAUGAUUUUUUUUUUUUUUGGUUGACGAACAGCACUUCUGCAGGUGUCACAGCCAUGUAGCCAUUUUCUGCCUCGGUUUACAGUUACACAACUUUGUUAUUAUCAAAGUCUAAAAAAUCAGGAGAUAAUAAGAAACUGGUAUUUGAGAAUAUCAAUAUUUUCUCACACAUGUAAUUACCACUUUCAUGUACUUACAGCACAUUCCUGUUUUAAAGGUUAAG